AUGCCUCCAUUACCGGAUAACACCUCGCACGAGAGCGAGAAACAUGAGGUUGAUCAUCGAGAGGUCCCGUCGGGGCCAGACAACGCAGAUCAAUCUCAGAAGGAUGAGGACAACACCUUCGAAGUCGACCAGGAUAGCCUUCCCCCAGGCUAUUUUACGAGCCCUUUCUUCAUAGGUACCAUGGCAGGUAUCGGGCUCGGCCUCAUGGCGGGAGUGGCUGGGUAUGGCUAUGCUGCUCCAAUCCUGACAAUAAUCAACAAUGACAUUGGUCCGGACGGCAACGUUGUCUGGGUUGCACUUACCUACACGCUCACCUCGGCCGUGACCCUUACCAUCAUUGGCAGAGUCACAGACAUCUUCGGCCGCCGAUGGGUCUUCGUCGGCGGCGCAGGUCUUGGGAUCAUCGGCUCCAUCGUGUGUGCCACGGCCCAGAGCAUCAACGCUCUCAUCGGCGGCACCACCAUCGUCGGCAUCGCAGCCGCCACGCAGCUCUCGUACUACUACGUCAUGGGUGAGCUCGUCCCCAUGAAGUACCGUCUGGCCGGCAAUGCCGCGUGCUACAUCUUCACCAUUCCCGGGUCUGGCAUUGCUCCCGUCAUAUCUCACGCCUUCCUUCAAAAUCACCCUGGCGUCGGCUGGAGGGGUUGCUAUUAUGUUCUGCUAGGAAUCAAUGUGGCCAGCUUCCUGUGUUGGUUCUUCUUCUACCAUCCGCCGACCUUCAAGAUGAAGCAUGGCGAGAACGCCAGCUUGUUGAAAUUCAUCAAGGACUUUGACUACAUAGGUACCACGCUGUACACCGGCGGCCUCUUGAUUUUAAUGAUGGGCCUCAAUUGGGGAGGGAACGUCUACGCAUGGAGUUCCCCAUAUGUCAUCGGCACAAUUGUCGCAGGCUGUGUCGGCCUUGUGGCCUUUGUCCUCUGGGAAUCUUUCGCCAAUCUCAAAGAGCCGCUGGUUCCGAUGCAUCUCUUCAAGAAUGGGCCCUGGAAUGCCGCCACCAUCCUCUCUGGCCUCGGCGCCAGCGUGUACUACGCCUUGGCCAUCGUCUGGCCCAACAUGAUCGCCAAGUUGUACACCGAUAUGGACGAGACAACGGCUUCCUGGUAUGCGUCGUUUGUUGGGCUGUUCAUCAUCCUUGGACAGAUAGUCGGUGGGUUUCUAGCGAAACCAAUCGGUUAUCUGAAGUGGCAGUGCGUCGUCAUGGUGUUCCUGAGUGGCAUCUUCUUCGGCUGUACAGCAACCAGCACGCCAGACAGCAAAGGACGUGCCGCAACAUUUGUUGCGCUCGGCACCUUCUUCAUCGGCUGGGCCGAGUCGUUAGCCAUCACCAUUGUCACAAUAUCAGCAUGGGACCAGGCCAACUUGGGCUCUGCUUCGGGGCUCGCAGGCUCCAUCCGCUUCUUCAUCAGCUGCAUUGCCUCUACGAUUUACAACGUCGUCCUCACCAACCGUCUCUCCGAGACGAUCCCCGCGCGCGUUCCACCGGCCAUAACAGAGGCCGGCCUGCCGUUAUCCAGUGUCCCUGCGUUCAUCACGGCACUCAGCACGGGGACGGGCUUCAACGACAUUCCUGGAAUCAGUGGUCAGAUCAUUGCUGCGGGAGUCUGGGCAAACAAGUUGGCAAACGCAGAUGCGUAUCGUACCAUCUUCUACGUGAGCAUCGCCUUCUCGGGCAUUGCGCUGAUAUGCGCUCUGCUGCUGCCCGACGUCGACCGUAUGUUGACUGGGAAGGUUGCCUCCACACUACACAGGGGUCGCAAGGAUGAGAAGAAACACGGGGGUCACAGGGUUUGA